CUCUCAAAAAAUGACACCCGCGGAGGAGCCUUUGCUUAGUUCAACCUCUGACGAUAACCAGCUCCGCUUCCACACCUCCCACCACCAGCAGCUCCAGCACCAACGAGAUGAAGAAUCAUUGGAUGAAACCCAAAGCCUCGUUCAAGAAAUAUGGUUAGAAAACAAGAAAAUAUGGCAAAUUGCGGGUCCUUCUAGCUUCGCCCGAGUAGCUAUGUUCUCACUCACCGUCAUCACCCAAUCUUUCGCCGGCCAUCUCGGCAACCGUGACCUCGCCGCUAUCUCCAUUGUCACCACCGUCCUGAUCUCCAUUACCUUCGGCUUCCUGCUGGGUAUGGCUAGUGCACUCGAAACACUGUGUGGAAAAGCCUAUGGAGCUAAACAAUACCACAUGUUGGGUAUAUAUUUGCAGCGGUCAUGGGUUGUUUUAUCCAUUAGCUCCAUAGUUCUGUUGCCUCUUUUUCUAUUUGCUACACCCAUAAUAAAGUUCACGGGGCAGUCAGAAGCAGUAUCUGAACUAACAGGUGAGGUGGCUCUGUGGCUUAUUCCAAUGCACUUAAGCUUCCCCUUUCAGUUUACGUUGAUGAGAUUCUUGCAAUGCCAGUUGAAGACGGGGAUGAUUGCUUGGCUGUCUGGUGGGGUGCUUGUCGUCCAUGUGCUAUUGAGUUGGAUAUUUGUUGGUUGCAUGAGAGUUGGAAUUACUGGUGCUGCAGUUAUACUUGAUCUUUCUUGGUGGCUUUCUGUCGUGGGAUUGUUUAGUUAUAGUGUAUUUGGUGGGUGCCCUCAUUCUUGGACUGGAUUUUCCAAGCAAGCAUUUCAUGGGCUUUGGGAGUUCUUCAAACUCUCUUUUGCUUCUGGUGUCAUGCUCUCAUUGGAGAAUUUCUUUUAUAGAGUGCUGAUUAUUGUCUCAGGGAAUAUGGAAUUUGCUGAGGUUGCUGUUGAUGCCCUGUCAAUCUGCAUUACGAUGUAUGCUUGGGAAUCCAUGAUCCCUCUUGGGUUUUUUGCUGCAACUGGGGUGCGGGUGGCAUAUGAACUUGGGGCAGAAAGCAAUAGAGGUGCCAAGUUUGCUACCAAAGUGUCAUUGUUAAACGCUAUAGCAUUGGGUGUCAUGUUUUCUUUACUUGUCAUGAUAGUCCCUGACAAGCUUGCAAUGAUCUUCACAUCAAGUAGUUCUGUCACAAAGAUGGUUCAUGAGCUUUCACCCUUUUUAGCGAUUACCAUUCUUGUCAAUGGAAUCCAGUCCAUUCUUUCAGGAGUAGCUGUUGGAUAUGGCUGGCAAGCACCGGUGGCAUUUGUGAAUGUAGGAAGCUAUUACAUUGUUGGAAUGCCUCUUGGGAUUGUCUUGGGAUGGUGUCUGAAGUUUGGAAUCAAGGGCAUCUGGGCUGGAAUGAUAAUUGGGACCAUUGUUCAGACAUUUAUUCUCGUCAUUAUCACAAUCAGGUUUCAAGGGGAAAACGAGGCACAGCACGAUUCGAUUCAAGUGAAGAUUUGACGGGCUUCCAACUACUUAAACUGCAAAUUCAUCUGCCAAAUUAUGGACUAGUCAACUUGAAAAUUAUCCAGAACUUCUAAUGCAUGGCUGCAAACCCCAGCAUUUCUUGAGAUCAAAGCGGACAAUCACAGAUGACAUUUCAAAUACGUGGAGCUAUGAUGCUGUUUUUUGGCUUCCACAGGAUAUGCUGUUAGAGAGCCAUCUCAAAUUCAAUUAUAUAUAGAUAUAUAUAUUCCUUUUGGACAAACUUCGGUAACCUCGUAUUGUUAUUUUGCUUGGUGCUUAUAACUCUCAAGUCAUCUGUACUAGUCUGAAUAUUCUUUGAAAGAAAUCAACUGGGA